AUAAGCCUGGCCAGUUUGGUGAAGCCGGUCUUUCCACAUUUCAGCCCCCAUCAACUCCAGAACUGCCUUUGGGUCUUUGCCUCUUUGGGCAUGAAGGACCCCGGGCCCUUCUUCGAGGCUGCAGUGGACAGCAUCGAGCAGAGAAUUGGUGAUUUUAGUAACGAGAGUUUAGUGGCUAUCCUCACGUCCUUCGCCAAAGUGAAGGCCUUCAACUCCAACCUCUUCGGUGUCGCGGCAGAGGUGCUUGCGAAAGAAGGCAGUUUGAUCAGGCCGCAGGACAUUGCAAACUGCACCUGGGCUUUUGCAUCUUCAGGGCAUUCACACCCGGAC